UAUCUACGUAAUUUACGUCUAUGCUCGAAGAUCAUCGAGGAAAAAAUGGCCGCCACCAUGAGUAACGUGGAGGAGAUUCGGAAUCGAGUAAUAUUGGGGGAAUUUGGAGUGAAGAAUGUUCAUACAACAGAUUUUCCUGGAAACUACCCAGGCUUUGAUGACUCUUGGGACAUGAAGAGAUUUCAAAAGAAUUUCAGAAUUGAUGUGGUGCAUCUAGAUGAAAGCAGUAUUGAGUUUGACAUGGUGGGGAUUGAUGCUGCCAUUGCCAAUGCCUUCAGAAGGAUAUUACUAGCAGAGGUGCCCACCAUGGCUAUAGAGAAGGUAUUCAUCUAUAACAACACAUCUAUUGUCCAAGACGAAGUCYUGGCCCACAGAUUAGGCCUGAUCCCCAUCAAAGCUGACCCUCGUCUGUUUGAGUUCAAGAAUGCUGGUGAAGAGUCUUCAGAGGAAGAAAGUUCUGAAAUAGACACCAUUCAGCUUCAGCUUAAGAUUAAAUGCAGCAGAAAUCCCAGAGCCAGUAAAGACUCCUCUGACCCGCGAGAGCUCUAUCUGAACCACAUGGUUUAUUCCAAGGACAUACAGUGGACUCCUCUWGGAAACCAGGCGGAUGUGUUUGCAGACUUCUGUAUCCGACCAGUGCACAAUGACAUCUUGAUAGCUCAGUUACGCCCAGGACAGGAGCUGGACAUAGUCAUGCACUGCGUCAAAGGAAUCGCUAAGGACCAUGCAAAGUUCUCGCCAGUGGCAACAGCCAGUUACCGCCUCCUCCCAGAGAUCACGCUGCUGGAGCCGGUGGAGGGAGAGAAGGCAGAGCGUCUGAAACGCUGCUUCUCACGAGGAGUCAUAGACCUGGAGGAUGUCCGCGGAACAAAGGUCGCCAAAGUGGUUAACAGUCGACUGGACACAUGCAGCAGAGAGGUUCUCCGACACGCUGAUCUAAAGAACGUGGUGAAGCUCGGGAGAGUGCGAGACCAUUUCAUCUUCACUGUGGAGUCGACUGGCAUCCUGCCUCCAGAUGUUUUAGUCGCCGAGGCCAUCCAAGUCCUCAUGGCCAAGUGUCAGACGCUUCUCCGUGAAAUGAACUCUACUGACUUGGAGUGAACAAGUGACUGAACGAUGAUUAGUUCAUCUGUGCUCCUCAUCAAAUGUUUGUGGUCUGAUGCCUUUGAGAUCAUAACAUGUAAAUGUUCCAUAAUGGGUUUUCUUCUUCUUCCUUGACUUUUUCUACACCUCAGUUUCAUGCCAGAUUCAACAAAAUUAUAAUUUUUAAGUGAAUUCUUACACUUAAAAUCUAAAAGCGAACUAAAUGUUACAGUAGCAGGAAAAUCAGCAAACAUUGGGGUUUUUUUUGUUUUGUUUUGUUUUUUAUGUGUGGUUUCACCACCCCUGUUCAAUUUUUCUGUUACUCUUCAUUGUUUGAUAAACAGACGCUAAACAGACCUCAAAAAGCAGAAAAAUAACUUUUUUGUAUAAUAAAAACAACUAAAUAUGAA